AUUUCAAACUUUGUACUUUCAACAGCUUGAACGCUGGCUGCAACGUAUAAAUAAGUAAGGGAAGAUGGUAAUAGAACAUUACUAACGAAAUGGCCAACUAUCUUACUUGACCACGUGAAAGGUUUAUUGACAGACUUGGGACCUAAAACUAUUUGAUUUUUAUUUUUUACACAUUUAUUUAAAGGGGAUCCAAUUUUGUAUGUUAAUGGCAAUUCCAAUCUAAAUGGAAAAUAUUCAGCUUACUGAAUAGCAAAUGCAUUUAAAGAUUAGCAAGAGAAACUGUAUAAUAGAUGCUGGUAUCAUUCACUCCUACACAUCCGUUCAUUUUUCCAGUAUUUUUAAAGUAAAGGUUAUAGAUUUGGGUGUGUAUCAUCAGAGUUAACUUUUUUUUGCAAUGAAAAAAUGUUUUUUGAACUUCUAUAAAUUACCAAUAGCUUACAUUUUCAAAUGCUUGAUCCACACGCUUUUAGUGUAUAUACAAUAUAUGUUACCAACGAUUUAAAUAAUUAGUUUGAUAUGUGUUGAAGACAACAUUCCUGUGCUAAAUGAAGUGUUCAUAUAGCUGAAAGGCACUUUGCAUGGGCAUGUUUUAGAGCUAAGUCUUGAGUCAGUAGCAUUCUUUAUGUUUUCAUAAAGUAAAGAUAUCAACGACUGUCUAGAAUCCUGGAAAAAAAGAGCAGUUUCAGAUGUUCUAAUGUUUUUCUGCUGUAAGGUGAGUUCAAUAGCAUAACACACUUGCUAAGCUUUAGAGCUACAGUACUUUAUGUAGGUAAGACAAUGUUUAUGGACAAUUUCUAGUUUGGGAAUGAAGUUAAAACUGAAAGACAUGUGCAAGAAACAUGGCCUUUGGUAUGUUUUUUAAUGAGGGAAGAACGCCAAUAACAAAUAUAUAUUUUCUACAUAUUACUUUUCUUGGAAUAUAGAAGAGCAGAAAAUAAUGACAAGAACUCAUACUUCACCCCUCAAAUCCAAACCACUCCCCAUUGUUAAAAUACUUGGAAAGAAACAGUACAAUGCAGAACAAUAGUAAUAUAGUGUGAGGAAAAAAAUCACUUGUGGAAUAGUUUGCUAAUCGUACUCAUUUAAUUAAAAGUAGACACUUGUAAGCUAAGAAAAGUGUCUCCUGCUUCUUACUAUACUUCUAUUUUAGAAGGACAGCCAACCUGCUUGUUUAUCUAUCAAUUCUUUUUUGGGAGGAUGAUUACAAAGAUAAUAUAGAAAAAAAGUGAAACAUAGGAUAAAAAUAAAAUCUAUGGGUUUUGUAACUUCAAUAAGUUAGAAAAAGAAAUAUAGUGGACUAUCUCAAUACAUAUCAAGUUGAUAUUUCAAGGAUUUUUAUACUAUAACUGCCAUCACCAACACUAUCUUCCAUUUGUAUGUUUUGCUAUAUACUAUCUCACUUGGCCCUCAGUUCUACUAAGGUAAGCAGGGACGAUGUUAUGAACAUAUUAUGAAAAUGGAAACUAAAAAUCACUAAGAUGCCGAUAUACAUUUUGAGCAAAGUUUCCUCUUUGACAACUAAAAAUCAUUGUGAUUUGGAUGGAUAAAGUUCAAGUUCAAAGAAAUGUCAACCAGACUGAAGAUGUAGUCAACAUUUAAAAUCUAAUAAAUCCUGGUAAAAUGGGGACACUGAGGAGGUAUCAGUCAGUUUAUAGUAGAAUUUGCUCCUAACCAGUCGCGCUGGGUUUAGUUGCGUAGUUGGGGGCUGAUUUAGCAAGCGCUGUUGCAGUUCUGCGGCCGAGGCGCCGGGUGCCGCUGUUGGCUAGUGCUGAGCGAAGUAUCUGCUCCUCCCUCCGCGGUGGAGUCUCCGGCGGACAGGGGCCCCGCACAGCAGUGCGCUCUCUCAAGCUCUCUGCCGCGGAGAUCUCCAUCAGAAAACCGAUCCGCCAAGACAAAGCAAGUAGUCACUCCUGCUCAGAGAACUCUUGGGAUCAUUCAGCAAUUGCAGCUCCUUGAAAUCAGAAAGGCAAAGGCGCAGGGAGCGGGAUGGGAACCCGCUGGGGAGCGAGAGGCCGGACUGGGCGGUGGCAAGCGCCGGUUCUUUUCCUGCUGCCUUUGUUCUGCCCGGCGCUAUUGGAGCCGACCCGCUAUACGAUUCCCGAGGAGCUGCCCAAGGGCUCGCUGGUGGGGAACCUUGCCAAAGAUCUGGGGCUUGUCAUGCGGGAUUUGCCGACUCGAAACCUGCGAGUUAGUACAGAGAAGAAAUUCUUUACUGUGAGCUCCGAGAACGGAAAUUUACUUGUCAGAGACCGCAUAGACCGAGAGCAGAUUUGCGGAGAGAAGCCCACGUGUGUUCUGGAAUUUGAAGUGGUCGCUGAAAAGCCUUUAAACUUUUUUCACGUAACUGUGGUGAUCCAGGAUGUCAAUGACAACCCACCGAUCUUUAGCCGGAAUCUCACUGAACUGGAAAUCAGCGAACUGGCGCUAACUGGAGCCACCUUUGCCCUGGAAUCCGCGCAAGAUUCGGACGUAGGUGGCAAUUCGCUGCAGCAGUACUACCUCAGCCCCAACCCGCACUUCUCUUUGAUUCAGAAGGAGAACCCAGACGGCAGUAGGUACCCGGAGCUCGUAGUGAAGGCGCCCCUAGACAGGGAAGAGCAGUGCUGCCAUCACCUGAUCCUCACGGCCUUGGACGGGGGCGAGCCGGCCAGAAGCAGCACUACCCAGAUCAGGGUAGUUGUCGCAGAUGCAAAUGAUAAUCCCCCAGUGUUCACCCAGGACAUGUACCGGGUCAGUGUUCCGGAGAACCUGCCUGCGGGUUCCUCGCUGCUGAGAGUGAUGGCCACUGACCCGGAUGAGGGCGUCAACGCCCAGAUCACCUACACCUUCAUCAACAUUGGCAAGGCAGCGAGGCAACUGUUCAAGCUGGACAGUAAGACAGGAGAACUCACCACUGGUGGAGGACUGGACUUUGAAGAGAGAGAGAGCUACACACUUUGGGUGGAAGCAAAGGAUGGAGGACAUCACACUACUCAUUGUAAAAUACAAAUAGAUAUUUUGGAUGAAAAUGACAAUGCUCCUGAGAUAACCCUUGCUUCUGAAUCCAAACAUAUACAAGAAGAUGCUGAACUGGGGACCAUUGUCGCCCUGAUCAAAGCACAUGAUCUAGAUUCAGGAGUUAAUGGGGAAAUUCUCUGUCAACUAAAAGGAAAUAGCCCUUUUAAAAUAGUUCAGGAUACAAAAAACACCUACAAGCUGGUGACAGAUGGAACCCUGGACCGCGAACACAUGACUGAGUAUAAUGUCACCAUCAUGGCCACUGACAAAGGCAAGCAGCCCCUCUCCUCCAGCACAAGUGUCACUCUGCAUAUCGCCGAUGUCAACGACAAUGCUCCAGUUUUUCAAAAGGCCUCCUACAUGGUCCAUGUGGCCGAAAAUAACCCACCUGGCGCCUCUAUUGUGCAAGUCAGCGCCUUCGACCCGGAUCUGGGGAAAAAUGGCCGUGUCUCCUACUCCAUAGUAGCCAGCGACCUGGAACCGGGAGCGCUGUCGUCCUACGUGUCUGUGAACGCGCAGAGCGGGAUGGUAUUCGCGCAGCGCGCCUUCGAUCACGAGCACCUGUGCGCCUUUGAGCUGACGCUGCAGGCGCGUGAUGAGGGCUUACCCUCGCUCAGCGCCAAGGUGAGCCUGCGCGUGCUGGUGGACGACUGCAAUGACAACGCGCCCAGGGUGCUGUACCCGGCACUGGGGCCCGACGGCUCAGCGCUCUUCGACAUGGUGCCGCGUGCUGCGCAGCCAGGCUACCUUGUCACCAAGGUGGUGGCAGUGGACACAGACUCAGGGCACAACGCCUGGCUGUCUUACCACGUGCUGCAGGCCAGCGAGCCCGGGCUCUUCAGCCUGGGACUGCGCACGGGCGAGGUACGGACAGCGCGUGUCUUGGCCGACAGGUACGCGUCCCGCCAGCGCCUAUUGGUCACUGUACGCGAUGGAGGACAGCCGCCCCUCUCAGCCACCGCCACGCUUCACUUGAUCUUCGCUGAUAGCCUGCAGGAGGCCCUGCCAGACCUCAGCGACCGCCCUGAGCCCCCUGACUCCCAGGUCCAGCUGCAAUUUUAUCUGGUCUUGGCCUUGGCCUUGAUCUCCGUGCUCUUCCUCCUCGCGGUGACUCUGGCCAUCGCCCUGCGCCUGCGACGCUCCUCCAGCCCCGCCGCCUGGGGCUGCUUUCAGUCUGGUCUCAGCUCCAGACCUGGACCUGGGAUUCCUCCCAACUACAGUGAGGGGACUUUGCCUUAUUCCUAUAAUCUAUGUGCUGCCUCACAUUCCUCAAAAACAGAGUUUAAAUUUCUCAAUAGAAACCCGGAAAUCACUCUACCACAGGAUCUUCUAUGUGAUGAAGCUUCUUGGGUUGAAAGCACCAGCAAUGACAAUCCCAAAAUAACUUCUAACUCAGUCAAUUUACAACAGGUGAGUUUCUCCAAACCCCAUUCCUUUCAUAAAUAGACCAAAAAAAAAAAAAUAGUAUUAGUUCAAUUCGUUAUGUUAGAGAUAAAAAAGUAUACAGGUUAAAUACUUCUGAUUUCAUUUUGUUUUAUUGAUUUUUCUGGGUGUUGAAUGGGGUAGGAAAUACGUUGUGGGCUUAUCUGUGUUGCAGUUUUCUUUCAUAGAAAGUGGCCUUAUGAUGAUCUUGAUUUUUUUUGCCAAUCAUCAAACGAUAUAAUCUGAAACACUGUAGUGCAUUAGUAUGUCAUAGUUUCAUUGUGAGUCAUGGUUACUAUCUAGAAUUUAAUGAAAAGCUAGACAAUUUAUCAGUUUACUUAGUUUUGACUGAUAAAAAAAAUUUUUGAUGCUGUCAACCCAGAAAUAGAAAUGUCAAUGUAGCCUACAUAUUUUCACUUUUUCACGUGUUUUUUAAAGUAUACACAGAUAUUACCUGAGUCAGGGCAGUUCUUCAUCUAAUACGUCAAUAGAAACAGAUAAUGGCAUCUAAAAAUAGUGACUCUUGCUGUAACUGCCACUGUAGUGGAUUGUACAUUAUAUGUAGUGCAUUGUAUAUUAUAUGAAAAUAAGACAAAAGUAAAUGACGGUGUGCGCGAUAAUUCAAGAUCUACAGGAAAGUGUAAUGUUAUUUCUGUUCCAAGGCACUGGGAGGUGUUGUUACUAACAUGAGUUGUAAGUUCCAGGGAACAGUUAAAAUUAUUCAAAAUGAGGUCUUUUAUUCUUCCAAAUGUUUUGCUUUCCUGGGGAGAGGGAUAUUAUGCAUGUCAUCUAUGCAGAUUUAGCAGAAAUAAAAUUCUCUAAGACAGGUUCACAAACAGUACAGUAUUACUAAAAAAAAAAAAACCAAAAAACAAAAUAACAAGCGUUGAUGAAACUGUGGAGAAAUCAAAAACUUAGUACAUUGAUGGUGGAAUGUAAAAUUUUGCAGCUGCUAUAGAAAAAAGUUUGAUAGUUUCUCAAAAAGUUGAGCAUAGAAUCACAAUAACCCAAAAACCAAAGCCAUUCCUGUCAAAUCCAUCCUGACUCCUAGCAACCCUAUAGGAUAGAGUAGAGCUGCCCCAUGGGGUUUCCAAGAAGCAGCUGCUGGAUUUGAACUGCCAACCAUUUGGUUAGCAGCCCUAGCUCCUAACCACUGGGCAACCAGGGCUCUGAGAAUCACAGUAUCACCCAGUAAUUCCAUUACUUGGUAUAUACCCAAAAGAAUUGAAAGCAAGGACUCAAAUGGAUACUUGCACACAAGUGUUUAUUUCAACAUUGUUCACGACAGUCAAAAGAUAGAAACAACCCAAAUGCCCAUCAACCCAUCAACAGAUGGAUGGAUGAACAACAUGUGAUAUAUAUAUAGAGAUAUAUAUGCACACACGUAUAUGUACAAUGGGAUAUUAUUCAGCCAUAAAGAAAAAUGACAUUCUGAAACAUGCUACAAUAUGGAUGAACCUUGAAAACAUAAUGUUGAGUGAAAAAGUCAGAAACAAAAGAACAAAUUUUGUAUGAUUCCAUUUAUAUGAAAUACAAAGAAUAGGAAAUUGCAUAGAAAUCAAAGACGUUUAGUGAUUCCCACGGGCUGGGGUAAGAAGGGAAUGGGGAGUUAUUACUGAAGAAGCACUGAGCUUGUUUGCAGUGAUGAAAAAACCUUUGAAAUAGAUCGCGGUGAUGGUUGCACAAUCUUGUGAAUACAAUUAACGUCACUGAAUUGUACAUU